AUGGACGAGCAGCUUAUGUUCUUCCCGGCGUCCGGCUCGUCGUCGUGCUCCCCGCCCUCAGCAGCCUCCUUCUUCUCCGCCGCCUCCCCACGCCCCCACCCUCCUCCCGUCAUCGAGUUCGUCUCCUGCGAGGUCCCCGAGCAAUGGCUCACCAACGACGUCGACGAUCUCGAGUUCCUGACAACCUCGAUCGACCUCGACAACAACAACUACCAGCAGCAGCUGGCGUACUGGGGCGGCUCGGCGGCGACGGAGCCGCCGUGUGGUUCGGCGGCGGCGACGAUGAAGAGCAGCAGGCGGGGGAGGAAGCCGAAGCCGGGGCCGAGAGCGCCGGGCGUGAGCCACGUGGAGGCGGAGCGGCACCGCCGGGAGCGGCUGAACCGGCGGUUCUGCGACCUCCGCGCCGCCGUGCCCAACGUGUCGAGGAUGGACAAGGCGUCGCUCCUCGGCGACGCCGUCGGUUACAUCGCCCACCUCAGGGCCCGCGUGGCCCGCCUCGAGCGCGAGGCCGCGGUGGCCCGGGAACAGGCCCAAGCACAGGCCCGCCAGAUGGCGCCGCGGCCCGUGGGGGAAGAGGAGGAGGAGGAGGAGUGGCUGGAGGUAAGGAUGGUGGGGCGGGAGGCGGCGGCGCCGGCGCCGGCGAGGCUGAUGGCGGCGCUCCGGGCGCUGGGCCUGCCGGUGCAGCACGCGUGCGUGAGCCGCGUCCACGGCAGGGGCGCCCCCACGGUGGUGCAGGACGUCGUGGUGGACGUGCCGGACGCCGGGCUGCGGGACGAAGGGCGGCUCCGGGCUGCCUUGCUCCGCGGGCUCCAGGCUGCAGCUGCAGGUGACCAGCUAGCGACGCCUAGCUAGCCCGAUCGAUCGUCACUGCAUGCGUGCAUGCACGCCGGUGCAACGGAAUUGAGCCGGCCGUUCCGCCGUUCGUCGCCGUGUGGAUCGAUCGAUCGGACGUUGCCGGCCGGUAUAUCUCAGUCGACUGGUUUUUAAACAAAACGCUUAUA